AAUAUCAUUAAAAAUCAUUCGUAAUUUUUCUCAUUCAUUUUGUUCUCUUAGAUUCUUCUUUUUCACGACUUACUACUACCACCGGAUGACCUCAUUAAAUUUUUUAUUUAAAAAAUUAAACAAUCGUAAAACAGGUAACAACUCUCUGUACAAUGAACUCGACUAAUCGAUGAGAAAGAAACGACUUGCAAUGGAAUGUUUUCAUAAUAAUAACAGUCCUAACAAAUGUAUCUAGCAAUAGAGGAACGUUAAUGAGUGCUUUAACAGUAAGUAUUACAAAUAAUUUACAUAUAUAUAUAUAUAUAUAUCAUUUUUCUUAAUCACGCUCAAAUAGAAUCACUUUAUUUUUUAUUCAAUCAUUAAUCACGCGAAAUAUCUUUCACCUUCCCUUUUACUCAUUAACAUACAUACAUUUAUUUCCUUUCGUUUCAAAUGUCAAACUCAGGAAGAAAAACAAAAACAAAAACAAAAACAAAACAAACAAAUCAUAUCAAUAAAGAUAAUUCGUUAUAAUAGGUGCAUUAAAAUCCUUUAGAGGAAAGUCCUUCUUAGAGAAAAGAAAUAGGAGGGAAAAAAAAACAUACAUCUCAACAAAGAUAAUUCGUCGUAAAAAUAGGUGCAUCAAAAGAAACACGAAGUAACUGUAAUGAUUAUCCCGGAACUCACGUAUAAUAGACCACCUUCUUCCGGCGUCCAAUUCAACAAAUUAUUUCAGGAAGGAAAAGUUAAGAAAGUGACCGUGCUAUCCUAUAUUUCGCGCUCACACAACACGCGAAAUUCACAUUUUAACUGAACUCUAAAUCUUUUCUUAUCUUACUUCCUAUCUUAGUUCCGAUUGAAAUGAGAAAGCAUAAUAAUCAAAGUAAUUCGCACCUUAAUAAAGUAUGUAUGUAUAUAUAUAUCCUAGUUGCAAAGAUCGAAAAUGAUAAUAAACUGAUAAGAGAAUGCUUAGUUAUCUCUCAACUAAAUAAGGAAGUUCAAAGAUGCGUAACGUAACCGUGACUCUCAUGGAAGAAACUAAACACAAAAGUGGUUUAUGUUUCUAAAGUACUUUCUCCUUUCUCCAUUAUAACGAUUGCAACAUCUCCUUUCUUUUGUCGUAAAGAAAGAGAAAGAGAGAAAUGAAAUGAUUCUACCAAUGCGCACGUGUUUCCAAUACGAAAAUCAUCACCUACCGAUCUUUCGUCAUCUUUCGUAAGACUAUUACGAUGUUAUGUAAAAAAACAAGAAAAUUCAUUCAACAUAAACAUUAUAAAAUAUAAAUUUGACGAGAAAUAGAAAAGUAGGAUGAUAAUGAAAUAUAUAUUAUUUGUAUUUUGAUUUCAGAAAGAUUUUCAAAAAUUUACAUGGAAAUAUUACCAGGAAUAGUCAGCUCAGAAUGAAAAAGACCGAUCUCGACCAUCCAUUUCAAGUGCACAGAGUUGAAAACACUUAUUGUAGUCGACCACCGGAUAUCGAUUUAUGACGAAGUCAGUGAAAAAGUUGUUUCGAAAGAAAAGAAAAAAUAGUAGGUCGACUCUUGGAAUUCGCAAAUAAGAAGCAAGGGAUAAUAAGCAAAAUAAUUGAUAAUUAGAUCUUAUGAAAUAAUCAUAAUUAAAAAGUAACGAAAAGGAUGGUGUUCAGCACGAUAGUAAUAACGACGGCAUUGAAAGGAGCAUUAGGGUUAGUAGGAACUAGUCUUUGGUUGGUACCACUUUUGAUAGCUGGUCUAUCUUACUAUCAAUAUGAUCAAUUGGAUCCAGAAAGUCGACCUAUCGAUAGAAAUCCCCUAAAUAUUGAAUACGAUUUUAUUGUGAUCGGUGGAGGAUCGGCUGGUGCUGUGGUAGCCAACAGACUUUCUGAGAUUUCAAAUUGGAAUAUUUUAUUAUUGGAAGCUGGACCGGACGAAAAUGAAAUAACUGACGUACCUUCGUUGGCUGCUUAUUUGCAGUUAACUAAAUUAGAUUGGAAGUACAAGACGGAACCAACAGGAAGAGCUUGUCUCGCGAUGAAAGGUGGUCGUUGUAACUGGCCACGUGGGAAAGUUCUCGGAGGAUCGAGCGUUUUAAAUUACAUGCUUUAUGUCAGAGGUAAUAGACACGACUAUGAUUAUUGGGAAUCCUUAGGUAAUCCUGGCUGGGGUUACGAAACGGCACUUUAUUAUUUCAAAAAAUCUGAAGACAAUCGGAAUCCUUAUCUUCAAAACAAUCCUUAUCAUUCAACGGGUGGUUACUUGACUGUACAAGAAUCACCAUGGAUCACACCUCUUGGGGUGGCGUUUGCACAAGCUGGAGUCGAACAAGGUUACAAUUUAAGAGAUAUAAACGGAGAAUUUCAAACCGGUUUUAUGAUACCACAAGGAACUAUAAGAAGAGGCAGUAGGUGUUCCACUGCCAAAGCUUUCCUACGCCCUAUAAGAUUACGUAAGAACUUUCACACAGCUAUGAAUUCUCACGUGACAAAAAUCAUUAUCAAUCCUUUCACCAUGAGAGCGAUGGGUGUGGAAUUCGUGAGAAAUGGACGUAAGCAAUACAUUCGGGCUCGCAAAGAAGUCAUUUUAUCAGCAGGUGCUAUAAAUAGCCCUCAAAUUCUAAUGCUAUCCGGUAUUGGCCCAAAGGAACAUUUAAGACAGGUUGGCAUACCUAUUUUGAAAGAUCUGCGAGUCGGUGAUAAUCUUCAAGAUCACAUAGGAAUGGGUGGUCUUACUUUCCUCAUUGAUAAACCGGUAGCUAUCAUUCAGAAACGUUUCUAUACCCCACCAGUAGCAAUGCAAUACGCAGCCAACGGAAGAGGACCUAUGACCACUCUUGGUGGAAUUGAGGGAUACGCUUUUGUCAACACAAAAUUUGCUAACAAAUCUAUUGAUUAUCCUGACAUUCAAAUUCAUAUGGCACCGGCAUCCAUUAAUUCAGAUGGUGGUAUACAAGUGAAAAAGGUUUUAGGACUAAAAGAUGAAUUUUACGACACUGUUUACGAUCCGAUAGCUAAUAAGGAUGCUUUCACUUUCAUGCCUCUUCUCCUCAGACCCAGGUCACGUGGUACGGUUAGACUAAGAAGCUCUAAUCCUUUUCACAGUCCAAUAAUUGACGCUAACUACUUCGAUGAUCCAUUAGAUAUAGCCACUCUCGUCGAAGGUGCGAAAAUAUCUGUUCAACUUGCCGAAGCGAAAGUUUUCAAACAAUUUGGUACUAGAUUAUAUCGAACGAAGUUACCUGGUUGUCGACAUCUAAAAUUCGGCUCAGAUGCCUACUGGGAAUGUCAUAUUCGUCACGUUUCCAUGACAAUUUAUCAUCCAGUUGGUACAGCCAAAAUGGGUCCACCAAACGAUCCUACCGCGGUUGUGGAUCCUAGAUUGAGGGUUUAUGGUAUACCAAAUAUAAGAGUCAUCGAUACAUCUAUAAUGCCGACGAUUUGUAGUGGCAAUACUAAUGCACCAGCAAUCAUGAUCGGUGAGAAAGGUGCAGAUCUUAUUAAGAGCGAUUGGUUAUCUUAUCCAACCAAAUAACGUAAUAUGAUAGUUUAACCAAAAUUUUUAAUGGAUAGGGUAGAAAAGAUCAAUGAAAAAAAAACAAUAAUCAAAGAUAUUACGUUCGAUACAUUUAACCCUUUCGCUAGGGGCGUGUUUUUCGCUGUGGUACUCCUACUGUACGGGCCAUUGCAACAUGCAACAUCAAAACUGCACUUUACUCGAGAGACUGAUCGUUAGCAGCAGAGAAACUCAUUUUUGAGUCAUUGUGUUGCUGAUAUUAAUGGUUUUUAAUCAAAAGAAACAAAACACUACGUCCAGAGUGGGAUAUUUGAUGUGUUAUAACUGUAAAAUACAUGGCAUUUUAUGGAGGACGAUUUUAUAGUCGCCUGUAGUAACGAAAGGGUUCAAUGUACGAAGUAAAAUAACAGAAAUGGUCAAAAAAAUAAAAUGCAAAUCAGAAACAUUUGAUGUUAUUUUGAAGAUAGAAUAUUUUGAACAUAGUAAAAGUAGUGUUAGUUAGAAAUAUACAUACAUAACUCAGGUAUAAUAUCUUCGCGUGCCAUAAAAUUUGAAUAACGCUCAGUUUAUUAAUAAUUAUGUAUUCUAUUUCUCUUCAUUUUUCUUCAUC